UUGUUGAAAUUUUAAUGAAAACUAUCUGAACUAUUUUGAAUAAGCAGUGUACGCAAUAACUGCAGGUAUGGUACGACUGUCGAUCCACCAUCGUAAGAUUGCAACGAAGAUCGUAAACCAUAACAUCAAAUAGGGGUUAUGUUCUACGUGGAUGACACACGAGGAAGUAGGCAGCUUUAUAAGUGUUUUGUUGCUAUGAUAGUUUUGUAACAUUACACCAACAAUGGAUUUUGCGAAUGAAAAAACUCAAUCUAACGUCACUGUGCGAUUAGCUGUCAAUCGUAUUGACCAAAAUCUUCCUUCUAAUCAAGAUCCUCAACUAAUACUUUUUACACCAGGGGAAGAAAUUUCCACACAGCCAGACUUUCUAAGAGGCCAUGGUACCUUUGUUGACGAACAAGAAGUUUUACGAGCAUCAGUAGCUGGGCGAUUAGAAAGAGUCAAUAAAUUGAUAUCAAUCAGACCUUACAAAACUCGAUAUCAAGGAGAAAUUGGUGAUGUUGUUAUCGGAAGAAUUACAGAAGUUCAACAGAAACGUUGGAAAGUAGAUACUAAUGCUAAACUAGAUUCUGCUCUUUUAUUGUCCAGUGUUAACUUACCCGGAGGAGAGCUGAGGAGACGUUCCGUUGAAGAUGAACAAGCAAUGAGGCGAUAUCUGCAGGAAGGAGAUUUGAUAUGUGCUGAAGUUCAAAGUAUAUUUGCAGAUGGUUCCCUUUCAUUGCACACUAGAGUCUUAAAAUAUGGAAAAUUGUCACAAGGAAUCAUGUUAAAAGUAUCUCCAGCUCUGAUCAAAAGACAGAAAACACAUUUCCACAAUCUUACAAAUGGAGCUUGUUUAAUUUUGGGAAAUAAUGGUUAUGUGUGGAUUGGAGCAAAUGUUGCAGAUACUGACCGAUCAGAAGGUGGUUUCACCCAAGAUUUAUCCAGAGUAAAUCAAGAAAAUAGAGAGGUAUGUGCAAGGUUGCGAAACUGUAUCUUGGGUCUGGCAAAAAGCAAUAUUCUUUUGUCAGAUACUUCUGUUACUUAUGCAUAUGAAGAGUCAAUCAAAUAUAAGGUCCAUGAACUACUACAACCAGAAGUACAGCUUGAUGUAUCCCUGUUGACGCAUCAACGAUUGAUGAUUUAAGUAGCAGGCAUUUAUCUUUAAUGAAAUUGUAUAAAUUUACUUUCCAAUGAAAUCAAUUUGAAUUCAUUGAAUAACUAAAAAUCUCUAAGAUUUGACUUUUGGAAAAGAAUAAAAUAAUCAUAAAUUCAAUGUACAUUAUGUCAAUCUAAACAUUGUUUUGAUAACAAAGAUUAUUUUGUAUUGAACUUGCAACCAAUAAUACUAAUUACUAGAUAUAUUAUGCUAGUUGACCACCAGAAAAUGUAAAUAAGUGAAAGUUUGUCAACUUAUGUGAUAAUGUAAAUAAUUUUGCUUAUAAGUUAUGGUUUAAAUUUAAAGAACAGGCCAUUCAUAGAGGAGAACAAUUAAAAAACCUAUUAAUAGUGAAAAAUAAUACAGGUAUUAAAAACUUUGAUGAUGAAAACAGUGAAUAAAGAAUGU